GUUAUGGCUAUGAGAAAUCUCUUCGACCAUUCCCAGAUGAUGUCUGCAUUGUCCCUGAAAAAUUUGAAGGAGACAUCAAACAGGAAGGGGUUGGAGCUUUCCGGGAGGGGCCACCCUACCAGCGCCGGGGUGCCUUGCAACUGUGGCAGUUUCUGGUGGCCCUGCUGGAUGACCCAACGAAUGCGCAUUUCAUUGCUUGGACAGGCCGGGGGAUGGAGUUUAAACUAAUUGAACCUGAAGAGGUCGCCAGGCUCUGGGGCAUCCAGAAGAACAGGCCAGCCAUGAACUAUGACAAGCUGAGCCGUUCACUUCGAUACUAUUAUGAGAAAGGCAUUAUGCAGAAGGUGGCUGGUGAGCGCUACGUGUACAAGUUUGUGUGUGAGCCCGAGGCCCUGUUCUCUCUGGCCUUCCCGGAUAAUCAGCGUCCAGCUCUGAAGGCUGAGUUUGACCGGCCAGUCAGCGAGGAGGACACAGUCCCUUUGUCCCACUUGGAUGAGAGCCCUGCCUACCUCCCAGAACUGGCUGGCCCUGCUCAGCCCUUUAGCCACAAAGGUGGAUAUUCUUAUUAGGUACCAGUGGCUUUCCCUUGCCAUGGGUGGGGCUGCCCGAUGUACAUAUCAACAGAUUCGGCGUUGGGGAAGCCCUCAUGUUGAUGCCCAUACAAGUCUCUGGGGUCACAUCGUCAUUAUUCCAUCUUACUCCUGGCCAGACUCGGCCAAAAAGCAGUCUUCGGGAAGGACAGUGAGGCAGGACAAGUCUAAAGGCAGCAAUGAAUUUGCUGUCAUUCACCUCUGCCCUCAGGGGUUCAGCUUGGCCACCCCACCACAGAGAACCAGUGCUUGUUCUGUUCUGGGGACAGACAAAGGGGCUUCCUAACUUUAUUAUGGCAGCAGGGCCAAGGGGGUUCCCAGAACACCCCACUUCUCCCGCCAUGGGAGACAGAAGCCUGGGCUCUGCCCUGAGCUGGGAUCCUGUGUUCUUGGUGCUGUGCUCUGGGAGGCAGGAGCAGGUGGGAGGCAGCUGGGGUGGGUGUUGGGUGGAAGCAGGGACGGAAGGGGACCUCCUCCAAGGGAGCCUCUGGCACCCCGCCCUAGGUGUGCCUAUGCCUAGCUCCACCUUCACCUCAUCUGCCAGACCUUAAUAAAUGCCGCUGCGUCUCCCGUUAA